GCGCGGGAGGAAGAUGAAGGAGAUGAAGCAGCGGAGGAAGAAGGAGCGCACGUGGGCUGAGGCCGCCCGCCUGGUGCUGGAAAACUACUCUGAUGCUCCUAUGACCCCAAAACAGAUUCUGCAGGUCAUAGAGGCUGAAGGACUGAAGGAAAUGAGUGGCACUUCUCCCCUAGCCUGUCUCAAUGCCAUGCUUCAUUCCAAUUCAAGGGGAGGUGAUGGACUCUUUUACAAACUGCCUGGACGCAUCAGCCUUUUCACACUCAAGAAGGAUGCCUUGCAAUGGUCUCGGAAUCUGUCUGUGCCAGAAGGGGAGGAGCUGGAGGAUACAGCAGAUGCAGAAAGUUGCGAGUCCAAUGAAGCAAGCACUGUGAGUGGUGAUAAUGAUGUGUCUCUUGAUGAAACAUCCUCUAAUGCCUCCUGUUCCACUGAGCCUCAAAGUAAGGGACCCUCUACUGCCAGGGAGAGCUACAGAACAGCCUCACAGACAACCAAACAAAAGAAAAAGACUGGUGUAAUGCUGCCGCGUGUUGUCUUAACACCACUGAAAGUAAACGGGGCACACAUGGAGUCUGCGUCCGGCUUCACAGGGAGGCAUGCUGAUGGAGAGAGCAGCAGCACAUCCAGCAGUAGCAGCAGCUCUUUGGCCUUGUGCAACACCACCAUGCGCAGCAGAACAGAAAUAAACAGGGAUCCUCCACAGCUGCUGAGAGGUAUCCGAAAGCCCACAGCUGGGCAAAUGAAGCGAAACAGGAGUGAAGAUAUUGACUUUGAAACGCCUGGUUCCAUUCUUGUCAAUACAAACUUGCGAGCUCUUAUAAACUCCAGAACCUUUAAUGCACUCCCAUCACACUUCCAGCAGCAGCUUCUUUACCUCCUUCCAGAAGUUGAUAGACAGGUUGGGGCAGAUGGGCUAAUGCGUCUCAGUGGCAGUGCUCUGAAUAAUGAAUUCUUCACCCAUGCUGCUCAAAGCUGGAGAGAACGACUAGCUGAUGGUGAAUUCACUCAUGAGAUGCAAGUUCGAAUUCGGCAGGAAAUGGAAAAGGAAAAGAGAGUGGAGCAAUGGAAAGAGAAGUUCUUUGAGGACUACUAUGGACAAAAGUUAGGCUUGACCAAAGAAGAAUCCCAGGAGCAGAAUUUGGUGCAAGAAGAUGCUGAGAACAGGACAGGAUUGUCUGUUCAAGGAGAAACAAGACUACAGCGGGGUCCUUCUACACGGCAGAGAGAUGGGCACUUCAAGAAACGUUCCAGGGCAGAUCUGCGAUGCAGAGCCAGGAGGAGCCUGUAUAGAGCACGUGAACCUGAGCAAACAGAGGCUGACAAAGAGACUGUUUCCGUGCUACCAGAUUCCUCGUUUCAUAAGGAGACAAAGCCUGAGAUAGAUCUAAAGAAAGAUGAUCUAACAAGUGCUUCUGCUAUAGUACUGAAGUCGGAGAGUUCAGAAUUGCAUCUCUCUCCAGAGACUUCCAAAUUACACAGUAAAUCAGAAGAUCUGUCAUUGGCAACUGCAAACAGAAUUCCCAGUUUGCCCCAGGAGAACUUAGCUCGGGAGUCAAAGGAUCAGAAGAGGAAAUGCUUUGAGGAGGCUGCCUCUGCCUCCUUCCCCGAAAAGAAGCCACGGCUUGAAGAUCGUCAGUCCUUUCGUAACACAAUUGAAAGUGUUCACUCAGAAAAGCCACAGCCUACUAAAGAGGAGCCAAAAGUCCCACCCAUCCGGAUUCAACUUUCACGUAUUAAACCACCCUGGGUGGUUAAAGGUCAGCCAGCUUACCAGAUAUGCCCCAGGAUCAUCCCCAACACGGAGCCUUCCGGCCGGGGCAGGACCGGGGCCAGAACACUCGCAGAUAUUAAAGCCCGUGCUUUGCAAGCCCGAGCCCAGCGAGAAGCUGCUGCCACCGCAAUUGGAGGUGGGGGUGGUCCAGGUGGAGGGAGAAGCACUGACAAAGGAGGUGGCGGAGGAGAAUCCAGUAGCCAUACAGAGCACAGGAGAUCAAAGAGAACUCAUGGAAAGUGUUCGUCAGAUCUACAACGAACACAAUUAUUGUCGUGUCUCCAUCUAAAUGGAGAAAAGGCUGUCUCUGAGGUGACCACUCAGAUGGCCAACGUAAAUUCCUUCAUCUCUUCAAGACAGGACCUCUUUUCUUCAAAGAGUGAGGGAAGCAGCGUUCUGGAAUGCACUGCAGACACCAGCUCAGGGGAAGUUCAACUUGGCGAUGGUUCACCCAGAAGGCAGGUCUGUGAUGCUUUGACUGGGUCAUCCUUUGACAGUGCAACUUCUGAGCAGCAGGAGACCCCUGAACAGCUCCUCUGUGAUGUAAGGACCGAAAAUCCCCCUUGUGUUGCAUCACAGGACAGGCAAAGUACAAAGCUGAAAUGUAUGGUUUCUCCAGUAAAUGGGCUGUCUUGUUCUCAGGUACAAGCAACUGUGAUCAGUCCUAUGGGAGACAGCUGGCUUGUAUCAGGACUGAAAGAUGUUAGUUCUCCCAUAGUACAGUUGAAUUAUCAUUCUGAUAUGAAGGAAAGUUCCUCCAGUUGUCCUAGUCUUCUGCCAGAGCUGUCAUCAGAUGGUAAAGAAUGCCAUGAGCCAAAAAUGAUACCUAGAUUUAGAUUUAAUGGCUCUGAAACAUUUAUGGAAAAGUGUAUCACUAAUGGUGAUAACUCAAAAGCAAUGACUACUGUAAUGGAGAAAGUGGUUCCUGCACUGUGUAACUUUGCACACCUGCAGGCAGAGAAAGAGAAUGACAGUAAACUAAAUAAUGAAAAAUGGAACACAGAGACUCUAGUGAAACCCUUUUUACAUGAUGAUUUCCCUUCUCAGAAUAGGAUAGAUGCUUCUGAAAAAGUUCCACAGCUGAGGGAGAAGCGACCCAGAACAGAACCAGAAAAUGCAUGUCAGCCAUUGAGAGAGACUCAAGAGUUCAAGACAAAUGGAGAAGAUGACGUACAGAGUACACACAGUGAAACAACGGAUACAGCUUCAGAUUUUGAAGCUGAAGCAGCUGGUGAGAAGAUAGAGAUGGAUGUAUCUUUCAGAAAUGUCAGUUUGAGGGAGGCAGCUGGGAAAGAUUCCUCCUGUCAGAGCAAUGCUAAGAGAUGUGAUAGAAUUAGAUCUAAAUCAUUUGUGGAAACAAAUAGUCUUGCCUGUGUUGUGGAUUUCCCCGCAGUCACAGUGAUGAGCAGCUUACCUCUGCCUCAGAGAUGGGGGCCACGAGCACAGUUGCCCCAAAAACCUGAGAAGCAGCAUGUGCCGUCGGGUUCUGCUCGGCCCAUAUCCUCUGUUGAAACCAACAACCCGCUGGUGAUGCAGUUGCUUAAGGGGGACCUUCCACUGGAAGAAGUUCUCCCAGUAUCUCACUCCAGUAUCAAGCUGGAAAUCACAGAGUCACCUCUGGAGAAGCAAUCAGACAGCCUCUUCUUGCAAGCAGAGAGGUGUAGCAGCGGCUAUUUUGGCAACAAAUCUUCACAAGAUGUAGAAAUAAAGAUAAGUGCCCUAAGCAGGAGUGAAGACUUGCACUCUACAAGACCUUUUAUAGACCCCCAGGAAAAGGAGUGCGGAUCAGCAACAGCAUUGCCUAGAACAGGCGGUAUGGAGAAUCCAUCUAUUCCAGAAAAGCAUUCCAAAGUUGGCUCAGCUUUAAGCUGUCAAGAUCAACAGGCAAAUGGGGCGAGUGCCUCUCAGAAGCCUGAAGACAUGGGCCCUAGGGAAAGAACACUUUCUUCUUAUAGCUUUGAAGAGCAAAAGGAGUUAUCUGAGGUCAAUCGGGUGCCAGAGCACAACCCCUUGACAAGUGUCAUCACAAGUAAAAGUCCAGAGAAGGUAAAUCCAUCUAUAGGGCCUACGUUUUUAUCUCCAAAUAUAAUUUCUUUUGGACCAAAUCAGACAGGGGACACCUCAGUCAAUAAAAAUUAUACUGGAGUUCAAGGCAAAAAACUUUUUGGUUCUGGUUUUCCUUGCAACUCCAGUGUUAGACUACAUCACUCAAGGGCUUCGGAUCAAGUUUCAAGCAUGGGAACCUUGUCCCCCAGCAAACAGUUGCCUCUGACCAAGAGCUGUGCAUCUGGAGAAGGAAUGCCAGCUGUAAGGGAAGAAUGGACUUCAAAGCAGCACACAAACACCCUGGGAGAAAUGAAAAAUGAGAAUGUGUUGGCGUGUGGCAGCCCAGCCAAGAAUAAUGUAGAGAAUCAGAAGGAUACAGCACAAAACCCUGUGGAGCUAACUGAGCAUUUGCAAAGUGUUCCACUGGUUGUAGACUUGCCAUUUUUCAAGUUUUCAAGAGAACUAGGAAAAGGACACAAUCAUCCUUUGGAGCCUUCUUCCAUACCCUCUCAGCUCAGUAUCAAGCAAGCAUUUUAUGGGAAGCUUUCUAAGCUGCAGCUUAAUUCCACCAGCUUUAAUUAUUCAUCCAACACUCCAGCUUUUCCCAGAAGUCUUGCUGGAAGCAUGAUGCAGCUAACCCACAAAGCGAACUUUGCUGCAAACCAUAAUACAUCCCUUUCUGUGCAGAUGUUUGCCAACAGCGGCAGUGUUGAAGAAAUAUCGUUCAAAUGUUCAUGCAGCCUUAAAGCCAUGAUCAUGUGUAAAGGCUGUGGGGCGUUCUGUCAUGAUGACUGUAUAGGGCCCUCUAAGCUUUGUGUAUUGUGCCUUGUGGUGAGAUAAUAAAUUAUGGCCAUGGGACAAAUUGUA